AUGAGCGGCGCAAAAAGGCAAAAGAUUGCGCACGAUGCGCCGGCAAAGCGCCAACAGGCAGAAGCCAGCACCUCCAAGGCAUCUCCGGAUCCUCCCACUGAAGAAGAAUCGGCGACUCUCGAUGUUGCUUCCUCUGGUGAUGCUGCAGAUGCACCGGAAGAGCCCAAGACGUUCAAAGAGCUGGGUAUUGUCGAUUCAUUAUGCGAAGCCUGCGAGUCUCUAAACUACAAGCACCCCACGGCCAUCCAAGCAAAGUCCAUCCCCGUUGCCCUCCAAGGCCGCGAUGUCAUUGGCCUCGCCGAGACUGGUAGCGGAAAGACUGCCGCGUUUGCUCUGCCGAUAUUGCAGGCACUCCUCGAGAAGCCCCAGCCGUUAUUCGGACUCGUCCUUGCCCCCACUCGAGAACUUGCCGCCCAGAUCGGACAGUCGUUUGAAGCUUUGGGAGCCCUCAUCUCGCUGAGAUGUGCCGUUAUUGUCGGAGGUCUGGACAUGGUUCCCCAAGCCAUUGCCCUCGGAAAGAAGCCUCAUAUCAUCGUUGCCACGCCCGGUAGAUUGGUGGACCACUUGGAAAAGACAAAGGGCUUCUCUCUGCGGUCCCUCAAGUACCUGGUCAUGGACGAAGCCGAUCGUCUGCUGGACAUGGACUUUGGUCCCAGUAUCGACAAGAUCCUCAAGUUUAUCCCCCGUGAGCGCCGCACAUAUCUCUUCUCCGCAACUCUAAGCUCCAAGGUCGAGAGUCUCCAGAGAGCCAGUUUGCGGGACCCUGUCCGUGUGAGCGUCAGCUCAAGCAAAUACCAGACUGUGUCGACCUUGCUGCAGCACUACAUCUUUGUGCCUCAUAAGCGGAAGGACACAUAUCUCAUCUACCUAGUCAAUGAGUUUGCUGGAAAGUCCAUCAUCAUCUUCACACGCACAGUCUUUGAAACACAGAGAAUAGCCAUCCUGCUGCGAACUCUUGGCUUCGGCGCCAUCCCACUUCACGGACAGCUAUCCCAGUCAUCUCGUCUCGGUGCCCUGAAUAAAUUCAAGGGAGGAUCCCGCGAAAUCCUCGUAGCCACCGAUGUCGCUGCUCGUGGUCUGGAUAUCCCCGCCGUCGACGUGGUGCUCAACUUGGAUCUGCCCCAGGACUCCAAGACAUACAUCCAUCGUGUCGGUCGAACAGCCCGUGCCGGUAAAUCCGGUAUCGCCAUCAGCAUCGUCACGCAGUACGAUGUCGAGAUUUAUCAGCGCAUCGAGGCUGCGCUAGGCAAGCAGCUGGAAACUUACCCGACGGAAAAGGAAGAAGUCAUGGCUUUCCAGAGCAGAGUCGAGGAGGCCCAGAGGGAAACUAGGGUGGAGAUGAAGUCCUUCCUUGAAAGCAGGGAAAAGAAGGGUAAAGGAAAAGGAAAGACGGCUGGACCCAAGAGGAGAAGAGACAAUAUGGAUCAGGAGGAGGGUUAA